GCACCAUGAGUUCACUCCUGAUCCUGGUCCUUGUGGGAGCUGCGGCUGCUUUUCCUCUUGAUGACGAUGACAAGAUCGUCGGAGGCUACACCUGUGCAGAAAAUUCCGUCCCCUACCAGGUGUCCCUGAACUCUGGCUACCACUUCUGCGGUGGCUCCCUCAUCAACGACCAGUGGGUGGUGUCUGCAGCCCACUGCUUCAAGAAUUCCAUCCAAGUGAGACUGGGAGAGCAUAACAUCAAUGUCGUUGAAGGAAAUGAGCAGUUUAUUAAGGCUGCCACAGCCAUUCGCCACCCUCACUACAACCGAAAUACUCUGGACAAUGAUAUCAUGCUGAUCAAGCUCUCCCAACCUGCAUCCCUCAACUCCCGUGUGGGCACUGUGAGUCUGCCAUCUGCCUGCGCACCUGCUGGCACAGAGUGCCUCAUCUCUGGCUGGGGCAACACCCUGAGCUUUGGUGUCCACAAUCCAGACCUGCUGCAGUGCCUGGAUGCUCCCCUGCUGUCACAGGCUGACUGUGAAGCUGCCUACCCUGGGGAAAUCACCAAGAACAUGGUCUGCGCUGGCUUCCUUGAGGGAGGCAAGGACUCCUGCCAGGGAGAUUCUGGUGGCCCUGUGGUGUGCAAUGGAGAGCUCCAGGGAAUUGUCUCCUGGGGAUUUGGCUGUGCUUUGUCUGGAUACCCUGGAGUGUACACAAAAGUGUGCAACUAUGUGGACUGGAUUCAGGACACCAUCGCUGCCAACUGAGCACCUUCAGUCCCUCUGCAAUCAGUAUAAUCGGAAUAAAGUAAAACUUUAUUCCUUGA